GAUAUCAAACCCCCCCCCCCCUCUCUCUCUCUCUCUCUCUCUCUCUCUAAAAAACAAAACAAUGGCAAGUGGAUAUGAAGCCGGAGUAGUGUGUAUUUUCUUGGUCCUGUGUUCAGCAGCUGUGCCGUGUUUGGCAACGGUUUACAAGGUGGGGGACUCAAAUGGAUGGAUUAUCGGUUCUAAUUACCAAAGUUGGGCUAGUGGGAAGACUUUCGCAGUUGGUGACAGCCUCGUGUUCAACUAUCCAAGUGGGCACACAGUGGACGAAGUAAGUUCAAGCGACUACAGCUCUUGCACCGCGGGUAACGCAAUCAACACAGACAGCAGCGGCGCCACCACCGUCCCUCUCACUACAGCCGGCACACAUUACUUCAUCUGUGGCGUUGCUGGUCACUGCACUAGUGGCAUGAAGCUAUCAGUCACUGUCGCUGCAGCUGCCGCCGGAGGCGGAGCCACCACCACAACACCGUCGUCCGCAACACCGACUCCCCCAACCACCACCACCACGACGCCAACCACCACCACGACGCCAACAACCGGUACCAUGGCAUCUUCGGCUGGAAGUCUCUCCCCUCUUGUGGCCAUGCUGAUUACUUGGGUUGCAUUGUUUAAGUUUGUAGUUCUUUCGUAAUUUUGGCUAGGGUGCAUAUAAGCUUUAGCCAGGAUAGAGGCAGUGCUCUCUCUCUCUCUCUCUCUCUCUCUCUCUCUCUCUCUCUCUCUCUCUCUCUCUCUCUCUCUCUCUCUCUCUCUCUCUCCAUGUUGCUCUUCUUGUCUCUCCGCUUGUAUCGAGAUUAUUCUAUUUCUGCUAUAAUGAUUGGAGUAGGUUAUUUCUUAUGAUUA